UCCAAUUUCCACAAUGGUUUCUUCUCAAUUAACUGCUUUAAUUGAAAACAAGCCAUUCAAAUCCUCCAAGAACUAUUUCCAAUUCCCAAAAAACCCUCCCAAUGAAACAUCAGAUACUCUUGAAUUGGACUUUUCUGAUACAUUUGGUCCUCUCCCACUGCCAGCUGGCAAUUCUGAAAUUCCAAGCGAUGACCCUGUGGUCAUUUACAGCCGUUCACAUUCUUUAGUGGGUCCCACGCCAUGUGUAAGCCACUUGCUGAAUCUAAGGAAGUUAACCAUAUGUGAAACGGAUGAAUCAUUGGAGGAUUUCAGUGAUGUGAUAGAUAAAGAGAUUGAAGAAGAAGAUUCUGAAAAUGGUUGUAAGGUGAAAACCAUAGGGCUUGAAGAUUUUGAAGUCAUGAAAGUUGUGGGGCAAGGGGCUUUUGGUAAAGUGUAUCAAGUGAGAAAGAGAGAUAGUUUGGAAAUAUAUGCAAUGAAAGUUGUGAGAAAAGAUAAGAUUGUGGAGAAAAAUCAUGCUGAGUAUAUGAAAGCAGAGAGAGAUAUCUUGACAAAGAUUGAUCAUCCCUUUAUUGUCCAGCUUCGUUACUCUUUCCAGCUAUAUCAUCAUGGACUGUUUCGAGAGGAUUUGGCACGUAUUUAUGCUGCAGAGAUUGUUUCAGCUGUUUCUCACCUUCAUGCAAAUGGGAUAAUGCAUAGGGAUCUUAAGCCUGAAAAUAUACUACUUGAUGUGGAUGGACAUGCAUUGCUUACGGAUUUUGGGCUAGCAAAAGAGUUUGAUGAAAAUGCAAGAUCAAAUUCUUUAUGUGGAACAGUAGAAUACAUGUCACCUGAAAUUAUUCUUGGUAAAGGCCAUGACAAGGCUGCUGAUUGGUGGAGUGUUGGAAUCUUUUUUUACAUGACCCGAGGAUCCAAUACGCCUUUAGUCCCUCCACUUGAAGUCCCGGAGUCCGCCCUAAAGAAGAAUAAAGGAAAAGUCGUUGGAGAAUCUGCUUCUUCGAAGAGCUCGCCUUUGAAGAAUCUAAACUCCGUUUUCAGCAAGAAGAAGAGCAGCAAAUCAGGAGCAUCCAGCAACUCUUCCUUGGCAAACGAAGACCCAAUCAAGGAAGACACUGUGAACGAGUCCGAAAGGGAAGAAAGCGAAUUUGGAGAAGACAGCGAUCUAGAAGGUGAAUUUGACAACACCAUGGCGAACAUUGAUGAAGUUCCCAUGGGCGAAUGGAAGAAGAGGAUACGAGAUGACACCGGCCCAGGACUUGUGCAACCCGUAAUUCCCGCGACUGCCACUUUUGAGCUCAAGGGUCACAUACUUGCUCAAAUCAAGGAGAUCCCCUUUUACGGAAAAGACCACGAAGAUGAUUAUAAACACUUGGAUGAAGUCAAUGAUGGUGCUGCAAAAGAUUGGCUCAAGUCACUCCCUCCCGGAUCCAUCACUACAUGGGCUAAGAUGAAAGAAGAAUUCAUUGACCAGUUUUGCCCACCUUCUAUAAUAGAAAGCUAUAGCCAACUUUGA